AUGGUUCAGUCACAGGGCAAGCCAUCCAUGCCGGUUUUGCCAGGUCCAAUGCACGAGGGUAUAGCCCAGCCAAAAGAUGGACCAUCGGAUUCAUCCAACGCGGCUUCAAACGCUACCACUCAACUAACCUUGACCGGACCCCAGGACCUCCUCAACAGCACAAAGGGUCAUGACCUGCCUGGCCGAGCCUCAUUUGACAGUCUUUCGUCUGACCUCGGAAGGCCUUCUCUGUCCACCGAAGGCAACCGCUCGGUAUUCUCUCUAGCGCAGAAUUACCGCGUCGGCAACUCUUCAGAAUCGCUAGACACUGCCUACUCGGCAGAUUUGACCCUACCACCCAUCCAGCUUCCUCCCAUACAGCACCUGCCCCACCACAACCAGGACAGCGACUCUGACGAGGACACAGAUCAAGACCGAAUCGCUGCACAGCAGGCAGAAGAAGGCAGUAUCAUUGUUGAUUCCGACGACCUGGGUACUGAUGACGGUUACGGCUCUGACACAAACACCACGGCCUCCACGUCCCUGGCAGAUAGUGUGAGGGAGUUCAUCUACGAGAACGGGCGGAGAUAUCACAAGUUCCGGGAGGGCAUGUACAACUUCCCUAACGAUGAUGUGGAGCAGCAGAGGGAGGAUAUGAAGCAUCAGAUGGUCAAGCUGCUUUGUGGGAAGUUGUUCUUUGCGCCCAUUGACAGGCCGCAGCAGGUUCUGGAUAUUGGGACGGGGACGGGGAUAUGGGCCAUCGAGAUGGCGGAUGAGUUCGUGGGGGCCGAGGUGCUGGGGGUGGAUUUGAGUCCGCAUCAGCCGGACUGGGUCCCACCCAAUGUCAAGUUCAUGAUUGACGACGUGGAGAGCCCAUGGCUGCACCCGAGUAAUCAUUUUGACUAUAUCCACUCGAGGCACACGGUUAUGGCCAUCAAAGACUGGCCGAGGUUGAUGAGACGGGCGCAGGAGCCCGGGGGUUGGUUUGAAAUGCAAGAGGUGUAUCAUUUUCCGAUUUCAGUGAACGACUCGAUGCCGCCGAACCAUCCUAUCGCGCGGUACUGGUCUUUGAUCAACGAGGGUUUAGAACGGCUCGGUGUCGACUUCCACGCCGUUGCCGGGGGCAAGCUUGCGAACAAGAUGCGUGACGCUGGGUUUGUCAAUGUCACGGAGAGGGUGCUGCAGAUACCCAUUGGGACGUGGCCCAAGAACAGGAUCUUGAAAACGGUGGGAUUGUAUUGGAGGACUAUUUUGCUUGACGGCAUCCAGGCAAUUGCUCUUGGUCCCUUGACAAGAGGGCUUGGGUGGUCACAGUCGGACGUGGAGAUGCUGCUGAUGGAGGUUAGGAGAGCAUACAAGGACAACAGUUGUUUGUUGUAUAUGCCGUUUCACAUCAUCUACGGACAGAAACCGGCGUGA